UGUGUAAUCCAGUAUGGAGUCUAAGAAUGGUCCAGCCCGUAACGUGGUGAUAGCCGUGGACGGAAGCAGCCAUUCCGAUAUUGCAUUUCAGUGGUACCUGGAGCAGUUCAGACGGACUAGUGAUAAUGUCGUACUGGUUCACUGCUUAGAGAGGCACCAGGCUUUCCACGGGGCGAUGGGCACAGCAGACAUAGAGUCGGUCUGUAACAUCAUGUCACAGGAGGAAGAAUCACAGAAGAAGUUACGGAUAGAAUUGGAAAAGAAAUUAAAGUCAAACGGGAUACAAGGAUGUGUGAAAACAUCAUUUGGAAAACCUGGCGAAGUCAUUAUACGUCUCGCUAAUGAAGCACAGGCCAACAAUAUAAUCAUCGGUAGCCGAGGUCUGGGAACAGUGCGUAGAACUCUUCUGGGCAGCGUUAGUGAUUACGUAGUACACCAUUCUGAAGUACCCGUCACUGUGUGUCGUCACAAACAUCACACUGCGCAUGUCACGGACCGCGCACAUUAGUU